AUGUAUUAUUUAUCCCAACACUGUCUUGGCAACUGUGGUAAAGUUGCAACUGUUUAUGUCCCUUAUUCUCCCCGCGUUGCUUGUGCUACUUGCUUUGAAAGAAUAAAACAAAAUCAAUCUGAUUUGAAAGGAUUCGACAUUGGGCAAGCCCAGAAUGAUCUCUCCAAAGCCAAGGAGCUUAUUGUCCAUCACUUAUUGCCUCAGAUAUUUACUCAGGAGCACGACCAACUGCUGAACUCGAUGAUUAAACUGUGAUUCGAAUCUGAAUACUUCAGAGCCGAACAAAUGGUGGCUGAUUGCACAAUCUUUCUGCAGAAAAUUACCUCAGAAGUAGCACAACAUAAAGGAGUCCUCAAAAAAUAAAGCCAUAAAUAUUGGAGGGAGAGUUAGUAGAGGUAACACCAAGGAUCAUAGCCAUGAAGAAUUGAAAGAAGCACAAGUUAGAGAAAUUGAGGGUACGAAAAAAGAAUACAACACUCAACACAAACAUCAACAAAAAUCUGAAAGUAUUUCUGACAAGGGCAUGAACAUCGAAGACUUGAAGCAAAAGUAUGAUCAUGAAUUACAAGCUUUAAAAAAUACCAAAGCUAAAGAAUCUAAAUACCAAGCCGGUAUUGAUAAAAUGAAAAAUGAAUUAAAGAGCACGGAGGCUGAUUUGGAAAUUAUCAGAAACCAGAAGAUUGCUCAACAGAUUUCUUUGGUUGAUCUUGAAAAGAAAAUUUAUGCUUUAUUUCACAAGAACUCUCACAUUCCAAAACUAAGGGAUCUUAAUUCUGAGUGUACAGACCUUAAUGCAUCACUAGAGCAAACGAUUCAGGAAACCUUACUUGAACAGCUUAACACUAUUAUCCACACUACACUAGAUGAUCCUCCAAAUCUGACUGCAGAUUCUGAACUGAGGCUUGAUUUCAGUAAAGGCACAGCAAGGAACAUCAUGAAGAGACUAUCUGGUCUAAGUCUUCCAAAGCUGAAGACUAUCGCCUUAGGUAAUCUCUCAUCAUAUCCACACCCAAAAGACAUCGACGCCUUUAUCACUAAGAGUAUUCCUGAUGGAAUCGAAACUUUUACACUCGAUUGCCCUAAAGAUUUCCUUCCGUCAGUUCUCAAAGUAUCUAAGAAGGUGAAAAGGAAGAUUAAUUUAAGAAUCUUUGGGCUUUCUCAACAAGAACUGAUAGAUGUAAUAGCUGCUUUCAAGCAUUGUCAAUCGAUUUCAUUAAGUUCAUCAGUAGUUGAGAUAAACUCAGAGCUUAAUUUUGAAGAUAAACUAGAUGGAUCAGCUUUUACAUCCCUAGAUCUGGGAUAUAUAGGAUACAAAUAUACAGGAAACUGGAAAGAAAACCCUAUAAAAUUUCACCACAUAAUGUCAGGUCUCUACAAAGCCUCUAACAUCCCUAAAACCCUCAAAUCCCUGGACCUUAACUACUGCGGAAUAUCUAAACCCCACGCCUUGCUACUGCUGCAUGAGAUCGGGUUCAAUGACCUCAAAAUCACCAUCCAUUUCACCUAA